AUGAAUGAGUCGGUAGAUCGUUACGACUCGGAUAAUUCUCCAUACUCGAUCCGCCCGCUGCCUCCGGUCCUCAGCCAUGGACUCGCGGCUGUGGCGACGAUGGGGUUCCUGUCUUUCUUCACCAGCCUCGGCUUGCUUACGUUUUUGACGUAUAAGUUGGUAUCUUGGCACAAUGGGCCACCAAACCCAACGAAAAGGGACCCCAUGGACAAGGUCGAGUCUCCCGCGCCGACGGACACAGCUUUUAUAAUACCAGAUGAGUGGAUGUCGCCUCAAGAACCUGAAAAGCCUACAAAAGAGACAUGGCUUCAAAAGGCGAUUAGCGAACCGCCAAACCAGUUUUUGGUACUCGUUUUCAACCUACUACUUGCCGAUAUCCAGCAGGCGCUGGCGUUUCUGCUCAACGUUGAGUGGCUAACCAGGAACGCCAUCGAUGUCGGCUCCAGAACCUGUUGGACACAAGGAUGGUUUGUCUCGACUGGCGAUUUGGCGUCCUCCGUAUUUAUCACAGGCGUCGCUAUUCACACAUACAUGUCGAUUGUGAAAUUGAAGCAGAUGCCCACGUGGGCGUUCCAUACUGCAAUUCUCAUGAUGUGGGGAUUCGUUUACGGAACCGGGAUUCUCGGGGUCAUUGUAACAAAAAAUGGGAAGAACGAUGGCGGUCUCUAUGUUAGAGCUGGUGCAUGGUGUUGGAUCAACUCCAAGUACCAGGAUAUCCGUUUUACCCUGCACUAUCUGUGGAUUUUCAUUUCCUUGAUCGUCACAACUAUAAUUUAUUUGAUAAUAUUCUUACACCUACAGAAGAUUGCGCGGAAGAGCGGUGGAGUAGUUCCGUGUUGUGGUUCUCCUGCUCCAGAGCUAACUUGCAGUUCAUCUUCACGGGGAUGUUCAUCCAAAGGUGCUGGAUCGAUUUCCGGGAGCGCAUCUUCAUGCAAGAGCGGUAGCAGUUCUUGUAGCAGCCAAAGCAAAUCCACAAAGCAACCUAGGUUCGUGAACUUUACGACGAUUCUUCGACGGGUACCAGGAAUACCUGACUACGCUCGACACCACACCUUCCUACUUUAUCCCUUAGUGUAUGUUGUUUGCACAACGCCUCUGGCGGCUGGCCGCCUUUCUUCCAUGGCCGGCCAUGAGGUAUCACUGGGAUACUUCUGCUUUGCUGGUGCAAUGAUAGCCUGCAAUGGUUGGCUAGACGUGGUUCUCUACUCUUCAACGCGACGAUCUAUUGUUUUCUCAGGCGACAAACCUCCGUCACAAGACGUUGGGUUGGAGACUUUUGCUUUCAUGUGUCCCCAACCACAAAAAUUCGGCAACACCACAACCGUGGUCGGAGGAGUUAGCCGUCCAGACCGGAGUCGUUACAGCAGAUGGAGCGAGAAGCUUGCUCGAAAGGGACUCAAUCGUGGGAGCUUAAAGGAGCUUAGAAACAAUGGAAAUAUGAGAAGCAGUAGCACGAGGGCAUUCGAAAACACAGAGAGCUCCGUGUUGGGGAUGACGAUUCAGUGUGAAACAGUCACAACCGUCUCAGUUGAGGUCAAUACCAGACCGAUGGUAACACGACCCAAGUUGGCGGCGGUGGGAAGGAAACAAAGCGAUGCGGGUUCUUUUAGUGGAGUAUCUUCAUCUUCUUCAAGAUUAUCGGGUAUCACGUCAGACUCAGUUAUGGAGUCAGACACGUUCACUGGAGCAUAG